AUGAUUGGAACAGUGUUCACACGCAGUUUUCUGAGGUGUUUCCACAGUGGGUUCGCGCCCCGCUCCAGCGCAGUAUCCAGAAGAGUAAUCAUCCCACCUCAAGACCACUUCGACAAGUCCAGGUUUAAGGGCAGCAUCGUACAGCACGAGUAUCGGCAAAUUCCAGACGAUUCCAAUUACAUUGAGAAAUUCUACCACGAACUCGCUGUUUUCAAUAAAGUGUGUUUGGAGAACGAGCUUCACAAGUCGUAUUCGGAUUUCGAAGAUAACCCCAGUGAACUCGUUUUCCAAGUGGAAAAGUUCGUCGAGUUACAAAUUGUCCCGCGCCACUCGACUGUCCGAGACCCAAAUACCAAGGACACAUCUGGGUACCACAUCCCGAGUCUAAACGUCUACUGCCAACAUUUGAGUGAUAAAUUGGUCAUAGAACGGUACGUCGAGUUCAUAAAGGCGGUUUCUCUGACAUUGAGACUGAACGGUGGCCACACAUUUAUUUUUGAUAUACUUUUGACAGCCAAAUCCGUCUACGACCGACUGGAAAGCGACAAACUGAGCAGUUGA